AUGACGGGCGCCAACGGUGUCAACGGUGUCAAGGCAUCUAAGCCUACAUUCCCCGCCGAGGCUGCGACAAGGGAGUAUGCCGCGUCGCUAGACAAGGCAGACCCUCUGCGUGCACUCCGCGAUGAGUUCAUCAUUCCUUCCAAGGCCAAUCUGGCAAGCAAGAAGCUGGCCAAGCCAGGUCUUUCUGCCGAGUCUAGUAUCUACUUCUGUGGAAACUCGCUGGGCAUUCAGCCCAAGGCCACGGCCAAGUACAUGGAAGCUCAACUAGAUACAUGGGCUUCCAUUGGUGUUUGUGGCCAUUUUACCAAUGUUGAAGAUUCCCCGCUAUCAGAGUGGCAGGUGCUCUCUGAACAAGCUUCGGCUUCCAUGUGCAAGAUUGUUGGCGCUUUGCCAGAAGAGGUUGCCGCGAUGGGUACAUUGACCAUGAAUCUGCACAUACUACUAGCUAGUUUCUAUAAGCCCACGGAAACGAAAACGAAGAUCUUGAUGGACUGGAAGGCAUUCCCCAGUGACCACUACGCAAUUGAGUCGCAUAUUGCCUGGCACGGCCUUGAUUCCAAGGAGAACAUGGUCCUCAUCGGGCCAGAUGAGGGCACAUACGAGAUCUCCACAGAGAAGAUUCUCUCAUACAUUGACAAGCAUGUCGAUGAUGCCGCUCUUCUUCUCCUCCCGGGCAUCCAGUACUACACUGGCCAGCUCUUCGAUAUUCCUCUUAUCACCAAGUACGCGCAAGACCGUGGCCUGACCGUAGGCUGGGAUCUCGCACACGCCUACGGUAACGUCGAGAUCAAGCUCCACGACUGGAACGUCGACUUCGCCGCCUGGUGCACGUACAAGUACGGCAAUGCCGGACCCGGCGCCAUGGCCGGUCUCUUCGUGCACGAGAAUCACGGCAAAGUCGACUACAGCGAGGGCGAGGACUCACCCAAGUUCCGCCACCGAUUGACAGGCUGGUAUGGUGGAGACCGUUCGGUGCGAUUCAAGAUGGACAACAAAUUCAAACCCAUCCCGGGUGCAAACGGCUUCGUCGUCUCCAACCCCUCCAUAAUCGACCUAACAACCCUUUGCGCCUCCCUCUCCGUAUUUGACAAAACCACCAUGACAGAUCUCCGCCAAAAGUCCUUCAAACUAACCGCCUACCUGGAGUACCUCCUGCUCAAGGAUAGCAGCGAUGCAGACCGCCAAUUCACAAUCAUCACCCCGUCUGACCCGCAUGCCCGUGGCGCACAGCUGAGCCUGCUGCUCAAGCCGGGUCACUUGCAUACGGUGGCGCAGCAGCUGCAGGAUGCAGGCAUUAUUUGUGAUAAGCGAGAGCCUGAUGUUGUUCGUGUGGCGCCGGUGCCGUUGUAUAAUACGUUUGAGGAGGUGUUUACGUUUGUGGAGGUUUUUAAGAGUGCGUUGUCUGAGUAG